AUGGCGGAAUCAAUUGAGGAAGAGGUUAAGCUGAAGAUUGAAUCAGACCUGCCGGAGUUGACAAGAUGUAAAAACUGUCAAGAGUUAUGUGAUCCGUACACUAAGCCUGCACUACAUUGCUCAGGAGUUUGUAAUGAGCAUGUGCAUGUCCAGUGCUUGAAGCGUGGUGGAGUACCUGGACCAUGUAUAGGCGACGUAUUCUUUCAAUAUACUUGUUCCGACUGUAGUUCAUCGAGGGAGGAAAUUCUCACUAGGGAUAAAAUGUCGUGGUUGAAUAUCAUUGUACUAACUCUGUACAAUUUACGGGAGAAAUCAAAUGGGAUAAGUAAGAGGGGAUAUUUUCAUUGGAAGUCCGACAUUAGUACAUUUGUCGAUCGCAACUGGGACUAUCUGUUCAAGAAGUCUGUGAAACGAAAAAAAAACUGGAUAGGAACAAUAUCUGGUACACUAUCUCACUAUAGCGGCGUCUUUUUUAAAUCAGGAACUACAGAACUCAACGAGUCGGGCUGGUGGAGGCUUAUAGAUACUGAUCCUCCUCAGGUACUCAUUGCUAAGAAUGGGAAACUUGUGCUAGAACGUAAAAAGCAAAUGGGUACUCUGUCCAAAGUAGUGGCAAAACAACGAAUCAGUCCAUCACCUUCUGAAUCAAGCAUUUCUGUCGGCGAAGAUAGUAAUUAUGGCGGUGAAUCAUCGAGAAGUCAAGGACUUUCCAUGUACUCGCGAGCUUACGUUCAACCCAGUGAAACAUUAUCAGAUUUUCUACUAGCUGAAGACGACGUACAUGAUAUGGAUGUGCUGGACAUAGACGAUGGAAUUGAGUUGAAUGUUCGCCGUGAACCACCUUCCUUGACUGAUUUAAUGAGAGACUUUCAGUACCAGAGCUAUCAACCAUAUCAAUCCUGCAAUAACCAGCUUACACUUAUGGACAACUUUACAACUGACUGGGAAAUGAACGUUAUUUCGUCUGCAACAAUUCUAAGCAACCAUAACGAUGUUAAAGAUGAUGCAAAUGAUGAUACCAAAGAAGAGGAACCAUAUGAAGAGGAUAGUAGUGACAGUCUGAGCUCUCUCCAAGAACAACCAACGAUAUCUCUCUUUAAUGUUUCAGAGAAACGAGACUGGCCCUGGAAGUACAAGAACAUUGCUGCAGGUAAUGUUGAAAAAAAAAUUCGGAUGAGUGAACAAGAAGAAUCAUAUAUUUUACAAAAAGCGGAUAAGCGACACUUGGAUUCAGCACCACCUGCUGUUAGGCGCUUAUACAGAAAACUUGCAGUUCGAAAACUCAAGAGGGAACAUGGUUUACCUGUAUUUGAUUUAGACUCUUUUGGUUGCAAAUCAGACUUCUUACAACGAAAUCGUAAAAGAAAUAACCGUGUAUUGGACAGAUUUGUUAAUGAAGGUUUAGGGGGUGCUUACGAAAAAAGACUACAAGGUUACAAUGAACCAACAGCUGUUCAUAGCCCAUAUACAAACAGAAUCUUGAAACCUUUUAUAAGAAGAGACACAUCUUGUCGACCUCAGUGGCUCAAAUUAAUGGAAGAGCUCCAAGUUAAGGUCAAUAAAAAGAAUCCAGAAUGGAAAUUCUCCAAAGAAGCACCAAUAGAUUAUUCUUAUGUCAGACCACAGCACAUUCCAGCAAUAAAUAGCUUGUGUAGCCAAUUUUUCUGGCCUGGAAUUGACUUAACGGAGUGCCUGCAGUAUCCAGAUUUCAGUUGUGUUGUGCUUUAUAAGAAAUUGGUCAUUGGGUUUGCAGUCUUGGUCCCAGAUGUGGGAUACAACGAGGCAUAUAUUUCGUUUUUCGUAACUCGACCGGAAUGGCGUCGAGUUGGUAUCGGUACAUUCAUGUUAUAUCAUUUGAUUCAAACGUGCAUGGGUAAAGAUGUUACUCUACAUGUAUCUGCAACAAAUCCUGCCUUAAUACUGUAUCAAAAAUUCGGAUUCAAAGUUGAAGAAUUUAUUCAAGAUUUUUAUGAUAAAUACAUUCCACCAAAUUCUCGAGAUUGUCGACAUGCUCUUUUUUUACGGCUAAGUCGAUGAAAUUUGACAAGUCGUAAAAAAAUUCUGAUGCAGGUAGGGAAGUAUGUACGUAUGUUAUUUGACAUCAGCAUAUCAA